AUGGCGACAUUCACCCUGGAGCAAGUGCAAAAGCACAACACGGCCGACGACCUCUGGAUCGUCCUCCACAACAAGGUCUACAAUGUUACCAAUUAUCUAGAAGAUCAUCCCGGUGGAAAGGAAGUUCUCAUCGAAGUUGCUGGUACCAAUGCCACCGAAGCUUUUGAAGAAAUCGGCCACUCCGAUGAGGCGCGCGAGCAGCUCGAGCCCUACUUUGUUGGCGACUUACCUUCAGAGGAACAAGCCGAGACUGUGGAGAUCUACCGUCCGACCUUCGAACAAGUGUCACAGUCCGCCGUCGUCAACGUGAAGAAGCCCUCGCCAUGGGGAUUCCUUCGCACGGCAAGCAAACUCGGAUUGAGCGGUCUCGUCGUCACAGCCAUCGUGACAGUUUAUAACCGAGGCAUGACGCCCUCAGAAGCCCUCCAGGUUGUGCAGCACUCGGCGCUUUCCUUAAUCCAACUCCCACGGGGCGCCGAUGGCAAUAACGCCAGCCAAUUCUGGUUAGGUGCAGGCAUCUCCAGCAUCAUCCAAUUCUCCGCAACACUUGGCCUAGGUUUAUGGGCGUCGACGAAGCUAGACGUACAGCAAGAGUUCACGCACUAUGACUCUCACAGACCAUCCAAGCCCGCGCAUCUGAUGCACCUUUCCAAGACAACCAUCACCAUCCCGAGACCAAAGCCUCUCGACCCGCGACAAUGGCGACCCUUCACCAUGACCCAGAAGACCGAGAUCGCCCCGAAUGUUUACCACAUUAUUUUCUCCCUGCCGAACCCCGACGACAUUCUCGGCCUCCCAACAGGACAACACAUCGCCCUACGUGCAUCAAUCAACGGCACCAGCGUAGCACGCUCAUACACCCCCAUAUCGAACAACAAGGAUCGCGGCCGCAUCGAGCUCCUCGUAAAGGCCUACCCGCAGGGCGCAAUGACGCAGCACCUCGCGCAGAUGAAAAUAGGCGAUACCAUCGAGAUCCGCGGCCCCAAAGGCGCCAUGCAGUACUCCCCACGGUAUGCCAAACACAUUGGCAUGAUUGCCGGCGGCACUGGCAUCACCCCUAUGUACCAGCUUAUCCGCGCCAUUUGCGAGGAUCCGGCAGACACUGAUACGCGCGUCUCACUUCUGUAUGCUAAUAAUACCGAGGAGGAUAUUUUGCUUCGCGCAGAGCUGGAGGCUUUUGCUCGUGAUCAUUCAGAUAGGUUUCAGGUGCACUAUGUGCUGAGUAGGCCUGAUGAUAGCUGGACUGGGUACCGAGGGUUUGUGAGUGCUGAGCUUAUUCAGAGGCAUUUGCCUGUUGUUGGACCGGAUAGUAAAAUGCUGCUGUGUGGACCGCCGCCAAUGAUCGGGGCUAUGAAGAAGGUGUUGCUGGAAUUGGGAUGGCCUAUGCCUGGGGCGGUGGCGAAGGCUGGGGAUCAGGUGUUUUUGUUCUGA